CAAAUAUUGACGUGCAGUUCAGUCAUGACUCAGGCCUCUGAUAUCAUAUCUGCACUACCCAGUCAGUUUGAAGCUGCGCAAUCUUCAGGGGAUCUGUUUUUCUUCCCGUCGGAAGUGAGCAAGCAUGAGGAGAUCGGAAUAGAGUGGGAGAUUCGCCUAUGUACAGCGCUUCAAAAGAAAUCGAUACCUGCUUGGGAAGCAGGAAUCGCACCAUCUAAUCAGAUAGACGAGACUUCCAAGAAGUCUGAUCCCUUUGCACCUCCAUAUGUCCCAAACCUUCACGUUGGUGAUUUACGCGACGAAUCAUCCGGGGCGGAAUAUGGUGUACUGCUAAACAAGUACUCGGUCGUCCCCCAUCAUUUCCUUCUUGUGACCAAAGAGUUUAUGCCGCAAACUUCACCGCUGAUGCCUCAUGAUUUGGUCCAAACUUAUCUGCUGCUCCUUGCAGCCCGGAAAGCACGCAAAAAUUAUUUCGCUUUCUACAACUGCGGACCAAACAGUGGAGCCAGUCAAAGUCACAAACAUAUCCAGUUCAUCGAAGUUGAAGAUGAUGGACCUCCAAUUGAAAGAUUAGCCAAAGCCGCAAACCUUGAAGUCUCAGGUAAACCCUUUUCGCUGUCAUCCGUGCCAUACGCCAACCAUGUAUAUCGGCUUCCGACUCUGUCGAAUGGCGCGUCACCGGAGCAGCUCGAACAAGUUUUGUUCCUUCCAUUCCUAUCCCUCUUGGAUCUUGUGAUUUCGACCGUACGACAUGUUCCGGACUACCCACCUGGUACCCCUUCAUAUAAUGUGAUUCUAACCUUGGAACACAUGCACUUGAUCCCGCGACGCUGGGAAACCUAUACCCUAGGAGAGUCGGGGGCGACGUUGAGCAUCAACUCACUUGGUUUUGCUGGCAUGCUGAUGGUGAAAAGCGAGUCCGAACGCCAGGUAUUAGAGCAAGAGAAGAUCGGAGCGGUACUUAGAGGUGUCGGUGUGGAAAGCGUCCAUGACUUGCAAGUUGCUGGCACAUCGAUGGAAGCAAUGGAUGAGACAGGUACUUGAUAGUAACAUCUGCAAUCUUUAUACAUGUACAAGGCAAUAUUUCGUA